GCUCGGGAAGCAGGCCUGGGCUGUGCUCUUCUCUGGAAGGGGUGAGGUUGUCACUGCAGGGGCCAGCUCCAGUAAGUGGCUAGUGACUGACUAGCAGUGCAGUGCCUUUUUUGUUUUGUUUUUUAUUUCUUUUUUCUUGAGCUUGCUGCUUUUCCUUCUCCGCUCAUGUAAUGCACUCCCUGAACCAAGAAAUCAAAGCAUUCUCCCGGGAUAAUCUCAGGAAGCAGUGCACCAGGGUGACCACGCUAACUGGAAAGAAACUUAUAGAAACCUGGGAAGAUGCCACAGUUCAUGUUGUGGAGACAGAGCCCAGCGGUGGGGGUGGUUGUGGCUAUGUGCAGGACCUUACCUUGGACCUGCAAGUUGGCGUUAUUAAGCCCUGGUUGCUUCUGGGGUCACAGGAUGCUGCUCAUGACCUGGAGCUACUGAGAAAGCAUAAGGUGACUCAUAUUCUCAAUGUUGCAUAUGGAGUUGAAAAUGCUUUCCUCAGUGAGUUUACAUAUAAGACCAUUUCUAUACUGGAUGUGCCUGAAACCAAUAUCCUGUCUUAUUUUCCAGAAUGUUUUGAGUUUAUUGAGCAAGCAAAACUGAAGGAUGGCGUGGUUCUCGUGCACUGUAAUGCAGGUGUUUCCAGGGCUGCUGCAAUUGUCAUUGGCUUCCUCAUGAGUUCUGAAGAAGCCACUUUCACCACUGCCCUGUCGUUGGUGAAAGAGGCGAGACCAUCCAUAUGUCCGAAUCCUGGCUUCAUGGAACAACUCCGCACCUACCAAGUAGGCAAGGAGAGCAAUGGAGGUGACAAAGUGCCCGCGGAGGACACGACCGGUGGUCUGUGAUCUGUACUCCAGCAGAGGCAAACGACUUCUGCAUCAGACUCUGUCCUCUUGCCUGUGUUUUGGAAGGAAACUUGGAAAACUUCCCUUUUCUGUUGUCUUUUACCAGUGGAAAUGAACGUUACCUUUGUCGCCCUGAAUUAAUACAUUUUAAAGUUUUACCUUUUCCUUGUUAUUUCAGUAUCUAGUUAAGUGUUUCUUUGAGUUCUAAGAGAAAAUAGUGUAUUAUCAAGUCAGUAAAUCAGUGGUUUGUGUAGGAAAAAGUUUAAACCUAAAAACCUUUCUUAGAGUUAGAAAAACAAGCCAUGAAGCCUUUUAACCCCUUCUUUUCUCAUAUGCUUUCUGACCUGAGAACCUUUGAAGUGAUGAACUUACUAAGUGAAGACUUAGCAUUUCAAAGGGAAGUCAAAUUUUUGAGAAUAUUUUUAAGGUUAAAAAUAAUACCUGUACCUCCUCCCCUCUCCCCCCGCCAAGAGUACCAGAAUCAAAAGGAAUUUAUAUUCAUUAUAUAAACAUUUAUAUAAUGAUUAUAAAUUCAUGUGAUCGUUAUAUCCUCUUAUAAAAACCUAAUUUCCAUUUUCACUUUUUUUUUAUUUUGACUUUUACAUUUGGUCCUAUUACAAACAUUUCUCU